AGUUUUGUUAGAAUAAAAAUAACAUUAAAAUGUUGUUGAGAAAAAGACUAAACCAAUUUCAACGUCACGAUGCGAUUUUGAUGGCUGCUCGCUAUGUUUGUGCAGGAAAAGAUGUUUCUUCAACCGUCGUCACGACUACUUUGGAUACAACAACUAUCGAAAAUACACAAAUUGAACCAAAGAGUUUGAAAUAUAUGCCGGAACCCAAGGGACUUCCUUUCAUUGGAACAUUGCUCGAUUACACCUUCUUGAAAAAAUUUGAUAAAACAAAUUUGGCUUCACAUUUUAUAGGGAGGCACCAGUUACUGGGACCCAUUUAUAAGGAAUAUGUUUUUCCAGCUUUCUCAAAGCCACAAGUCUUCAGUACUUUACCUGAUGAUAAUGAAGUUCUGUUGAGAUCCGAGGAGAAAAUAUCACACAGGGAACCCGUUGAAUUUGUUGUGUCGGCACGAAAACUACUUGGAUGGUCAAUUGGACUUCCAUUUGAUGUAGGAGAAGAUUGGUACAAGCUACGCAAAGUGGUGAAUCAGCACUUCUUAAAAAACUCCAUAGUUUGGUCACACUCCAAACAACAGCAUGAGGUGGCAGAAGAAUUUGUGGAUUAUAUCGGUCAAAACUUAGACGAAAAUAAUGAGGUACCUCACUUUCAAGAUUUACUACAAAAAUGGGCUAUUGAAAGUACUGCACUACGCAAAGUGGUGAAUCAGCACUUCUUAAAAAACUCCAUAGUUUGGUCACACUCCAAACAACAGCAUGAGGUGGCAGAAGAAUUCGUGGAUUAUAUCGGUCAAAACUUAGACGAAAAUAAUGAGGUACCUCACUUUCAAGAUUUACUACAAAAAUGGGCUCUUGAAAGUACUGCAGUGUUCUGUUUUGGUGUUCGGCUAGGUUAG